AUGGCUUCCAUCACUGGCCUGGAUAUCUCGGGCAAUGCCCUCGUGGCCUUUUGCCUCUGGGACAUGCUUGAGCGCAACCUUGCCACAGCUUAUGCCUGGCGCUGCCAGCCUUUUGAGCUUGCCGAGAACCCCACCUUUGUCCCUUCGGACGUGAGCAUUGUGAUCGCAACCAUCCAGCCGGACGAUUCUUUCACCCGUGCACUGCGUCUCUGGCUCGAGAACAAGCCCAAAGAGAUCAUCAUCGUCACCAUCACGCGUGACUUGGAGGCUGUCAAGGAGCUCGUAUCUGAUCUCGAGCACGGACAGGCCAUCAUUCAGAUCCUGGCCAUCAAUCACGCGAACCAACGAGAGCAGCAAAUUCAUGGCAUCAAGAUGACCACUGGUAAAAUCAUCCUCCUGGCCGACGACGAUACAUUCUGCACCAGCUCAGAAGUUGUACCUUGGCUUCUUGCUCCUCUCGAAAAUCCCCGCAUCGGCGCCGUGGGAGGCAAACAGCUUGCUGACAUUCCGCUCGAACGUCGCAAUGCCGCCAUCUCGACGCCUUGGGAGGCCAUCUCUGUCUUUGGCCUCGACACCUUCCACAACACGUCCGCCGCCCGGUUCGGCGCCGACGAGGAUACCUGGGUGCUCGUCGGCCGCGCUCAGGCUAUCCGCGGCGAUAUCCUUCGCGAUCCCGCCUUCCUUCGCGGCUUCAUCAACGAGACGUGGCGCGGCGUUCCCAUCCGCACGGGCAACGACGCCUUCAUCACACGCUGGGUGGUUGCGCAGGGCUGGAAGAUGGCGUACCAAGUCGCUGAUGGCGCUGAGGUGCACACGAUCCCGCUGAUUGACCGGACCGUCAUGCGUCAGCGGGCUCGCUGGCUGCGCAACUCGCACAUGUUCUUCUCGUCGGCUCUCCUUUGGGCCCCUGGCUUUUCGGAGAUGCGCUGCAAGACUCCCUACAAGGCUAGGAAGAUGCUGGAGCGGGUGUUUCGCCCUUUGAUUACUCUGGUGCAUUUCGGAGUGUGGCUUCAAGCUUGCAAGACGCACCCUCAUCUCUGGCUUGUCAUCACGGCAUGGUAUGCGUUCCUCUAUUACCAGCCGUACCGUGGCUUUGCUGUGAAAUAUCCCUGGAUGAAGCGCCAUGUCUGGGCUUUGUUCCUCAUGGACACCGUGGGUAGCCUGUUGGUUGAGCUUUAUGCAUGGCUCACCAUCAGCAAUGAUACUUGGAUGACAAGGGAGGAUAGUGCUUGA